AUGGGGCUGCCGCUAGCCCGCCUGGUGGCCCUCUGCUUGGCCCUGACCUGGGCCGAGGGCACGGAGUCCAGGAGAGAAGGCAGAACCCGGAACCACGGCCACAGCGUGUGCAGCACCUGGGGCGACUCCCACUACAAGACCUUCGACGGCGAUGUCUUCCGCUUCCCCGGCCUGUGCGACUACAACUUCGCCUCCGACUGCCGGGACGCCUACAAGGAGUUCGCUGUGCACCUGAAACGGGGCCCCGGCCGCAGUGGGGGCCACCCCCAGAUCGAGUACAUCCUGCUGACCGUCAAGGACGACACCAUUUACCUCACCCCGCAGCUCGCUGUGGUGAACGGGGCCAUGGUCAGCACCCCGCACUACAGCUCCGGGCUGCUCAUCGAGAAGAGUGACGCCUACACCAAGGUCUACUCCCGCGCCGGCCUCGCGCUCAUGUGGGACCGGGAGGACUCGCUCAUGCUGGAGCUGGACAGUAAGUUCCAGAACCACACGUGUGGCCUCUGCGGGGACUACAACGGCCUGCAGACCUACUCUGAGUUCCUCUCUGAUGGCGUGGUCUUCAGCCCCAUCGAGUUUGGGAACCUGCAGAAGAUCAACAAGCCCGAGGUGGUGUGUGAAGACCCGGAGGAGGUGCCGGCCUCCGAGUCCUGCUCUGAGCACCGCGCCGAGUGCGAGAGCCUGCUGACGGGCACGGCCUUCGAGGACUGCCAGGGCCUGGUGCCGCUGCAGCCGUAUGUGCAGGCCUGCGUGCAGGACCGCUGCCAGUGCGCGCAGGGUGGCUCCUGCGUCUGCAGCACCGUCGCCGAGUUCUCCCGCCAGUGCUCCCAUGCCGGCGGGCGGCCCGGGAACUGGAGGACAGCCACGCUCUGCGCUAAGAGCUGCCCCGGGAACAUGGUGUACCUGGAGAGCGGCUCGCCCUGCGUGGACACCUGCUCGCAUCUGGAGGUCAGCAGCCUGUGUGAGGAGCACCGCAUGGACGGCUGUUUCUGCCCGGAAGGCACUGUGUACGACGACAUCGCGGGCGGCGGCUGCAUCCCCGUGAGCCAGUGCCACUGUAAACUUCAUGGGCGCCUGUACAAGCCCGGCGAGCAGAUCACCAGCCACUGCGAGCAGUGUGAAUGCGACGCUGGUCGCUGGGUGUGCACUGACCUGCAGUGUCCCGGGACCUGUGCCCUGGAGGGCGGCGCCCACAUCAGCACGUUCGACGGCAGGAAGUACACCUUCCACGGGGACUGUUACUAUGUGCUGAGCAAGGACGCCCACAACGACUCCUACGCCGUCCUGGGCGAGCUGACGUCCUGCGGCUCCACUGACAAGCAGACCUGCCUGAAGACGGUGGUGCUGCUGGCCGACAGCAAGAAGAACGUGGUGGCCUUCAAGUCGGACGGCAGCGUCCUGCUGAACGAGCUGCAGGUGAACCUGCCCCACGUGACGGCCAGCUUCUCCAUCUUCCAACCGUCCUCCCACCACCUGCUGGUGAGCACGGCCUUCGGCCUCAGGCUGCAGGUGCAGCUGCUGCCGGUCAUGCAGCUCUUCCUGACGCUGGACCCGGCCGCCCAGGGGCACGUGCAGGGCCUCUGCGGGAACUUCAACGGCCUUGAGGGUGACGACUUCCAGACGGCGGGCGGGCUGGUGGAGGCCACGGGCGCCGGCUUCGCCAACACCUGGAAGGCCCAGUCCAGCUGCCAGGACAAGGUGGACUGGCUGGACGACCCCUGCUCCCUCAGCAUCGAGAGCGCCAACUAUGCUGAGCACUGGUGCUCCCUGUUGAAGAAGACAGAGGCCCCGUUCGGCAGGUGCCACUCUGCCGUGGACCCGGCCGAAUAUUACAAGAGGUGCAAAUACGAUACGUGCAACUGCCAGAACUCAGAGGACUGCAUGUGCGCCGCCCUGUCCUCCUACGCCCACGCCUGUGCCGCCAAGGGCGUCCUGCUGUGGGGCUGGCGGGAGGGCGUCUGCAACAAGGACGUGGGCUCCUGCCCCACCUCCCAGCUCUUCUUGUACAACCUGACCACCUGCCAGCGGACCUGCCGCUCGCUCUCGGAAUCUGACACCCGCUGCCUCAAGGGCUUCCUGCCCGUGGACGGCUGCGGCUGCCCGGACCAAGCCUUCCUGGACGAGAAGGGCCGCUGCGUGCCCCUGGCCAAGUGCUCCUGCUACCACCACGGCCUCUACCUGGAGGCGGGGGAGGUGGUCCUGAGACAGGAGGAGCGAUGCGUUUGCCAGAACGGGAGGCUGCUCUGCAAGCAGGUCCGGUUGAUCGACCAGAACUGUAUGGCUCCAAAGAUCCACGUGGACUGCAACAACCUGACCGCGCUGGCCAUCCGGAACCCCAGAGCCGCCAGCUGCCAGACGCUGGCCGCCGGCUCAUACCAGACGGAGUGCAUCAGCGGCUGCGUGUGCCCCGAGGGGCUGCUUGAUGACGGGCAGGGUGGCUGUGUGGUGGAGGAGCAGUGCCCCUGUGUGCACAACAGUGACGUGUACCCCCCCGGGGCCAAGAUCAGGGUGGACUGCAACACCUGCACCUGCCAGAAAGGGCGCUGGGCGUGCACCCAGUCCGUGUGCCACGGCACGUGUGCCGUCUACGGGAACGGCCACUACAUCACCUUCGACGGGAAGUAUUAUGACUUUGAUGGACACUGCUCCUACGUGGCAGUCCAGGACUACUGUGGCCAGAACUCCUCGCUGGGCUCCUUCAGCAUCGUCACCGAGAACGUGCCCUGCGGCACCACGGGCGUCACCUGCUCGAAGUCCAUCAAGAUCUUCCUGGGGAGGACGGAGCUGAAGCUGGAGGACAGACACUGCACAGUGAUCCCGCUGGACGUGGGCCACCACGUGGCCUACACCACGCGGGAGGUGGGCCAGUACCUGGUGGUGGAGGCCAGCACUGGCGUCAUUGUCAUCUGGGACAAGAGGACCACCAUCUUCAUCAAGCUGGCUCCCUCCUACAAGGGCACCGUGUGCGGCUUGUGCGGGAACUUCGACCAGCGGUCCAGCAACGACUUCACCACGCGGGACCGCAUGGUAGUGGAGAGCGAGCUGGACUUCGGGAACAGCUGGAAGGAGGCCUCCACCUGCCCGGACGUGAGCAGCACCCCCGAGCCGUGCACCCUGAACUGGCACCGCCGCUCCUGGGCUGAGAAGCAGUGCAGCAUCAUCAAGAGCUGGGUCUUCAGGACCUGCCACAGCAAGGUGGACCCCAAGCCCUUCUACGAGGCCUGCGUCCACGACUCUUGCUCCUGCGACACCGGCGGGGACUGUGAGUGCUUCUGCUCCGCCGUGGCCUCCUACGCCCAGGAGUGCACCAAGGAGGGGGCCUGCGUGACCUGGAGGACGCCGGAGCUGUGCCCCGUCUUCUGUGACUACUACAACCCCCCGCACGAGUGUGAGUGGCACUACGAGCCGUGCGGGAACCGCAGCUUCGAGACCUGCAGGAGCCUCAGCGGCAUCCACUCCAACAUCUCCGUGUCCUACCUGGAGGGCUGCUACCCCCGGUGCCCCAAGAACAGGCCCAUCUAUGACGAGGACCUGAAGAAGUGUGUCAGAGGGGACGAAUGCGGCUGCUACGUCGAGGACACUCGCUACCGACCGGGAGUGUCCGUGCCCACGGAGAAGCCCUGCCGGUCUUGUGAGUGUACCAAGUCCUCGAAAGUUGUCUGCCGGCUGGAAGAAGGGAAGAUUCUCAACUACACCGAGAUCGGCCCUCUGUGCUACUGGGAGUUCUGUGGCCCCAACGGGACGAUAGAGAAGCACUUGAACAUCUGCAGGUCCACCACGCCACCCUCAUCUCCCUCAACACCUACCACCACCCCUUUCACCACCAGCACCACCACCACCACAACCCCUGUCACCACCACCAGCACCACCCCCUCCACGGCCACCAGCACCACCCCCUCCACCACCUCCAGCCCAGGGUUGUGCUGCUGGUCGGACUGGAUCAACGGGCAUCACCCCAGCGGCAGCAGUGAUGAUGGAGACUGGGAGACAUUCGACCACGUCUGCACGGCCCCACGAGACAUCGAGUGCCGGUCGGCCACGGAGCCCAAACUCAGAUGGGGGGAGCUGGGCCAGGAGGCACAGUGCAAUGUCUCCUUUGGGUUCAUUUGCAAGAAUGAAGACCAGUUUGGAAAGGGACCUUUUGCAGUCUGCUAUGACUACGAGAUCCGAGUCUAUUGCUGCGAGAAAAUGGACUGGUGUGCACCAACCCCGACCACCACCACAUCGCCAACGACAAGCCCUACAGUUACUACACCUCCAACUUCGACCUCCACGACCAUCGAGACCUCAACCCCCAGCACGACCACCCCCACGGAGACCACAACCACCAGCACCACCACCACCACUGAGACCACAACCCCCAGCACCACCACCACCACGGGGACCUCAACCCCCAGCACGACAACCACCUCGGAGACCACAACCCCCAGCACGAUCACCACCACGGAGACCACCACCCCCAGCACCACCACCACCACGGGGACCACAACCCCCAGCACCAACACCACAACGGAGACAACAACCCCCAGCACGACCACCAGCACGGAGACCACAACCCCUCCAUGUGUGCCUGUCUGCAAUUGGACCGGCUGGCUGGAUUCUGCUAAACCGAACUUUACCAAAGAAGGUGGAGACGUUGAAUCCGUUGAGAAUGUUUGUAAAAUGGGCUCAGUAGCCAGCAUCUCCUGCAGAGCCGCCAUGUUUCCGAGCAUUCCCCUGCAAGAGCUUGGACAAAGUGUGGUGUGCGAUACUUCUGUAGGGCUUGUGUGCAAAAACCAAGACCAGAAGCCAGGGGGAGCCACCCCCAUGCCUUACUGCCUCAACUAUGAGAUCAAUGUCUACUGCUGUGUUCCUCGCCCUGGCUGCACCACAACACAUCCCAGCACCACCUCGGGGACAGGAACUCCAACACCCACCACCACCUCAACAGAGCCUCCAACUUCGACCUCCACCACCACGGAGACCUCAACCCCCAGCACGACCACCACCACAACUCCAACACCCACCACCACCUCAACAGAGCCUCCAACUUCGACCUCCACCACCACGGAGACCUCAACCCCCAGCACGACCACCACCACGGAGACCACAACCCCCAGCACGACAACCACCUCAGAGACCACAACCCCCAGCACGAUCACCACCACGGAGACCACCACCCCCAGCACCACCUCCACCACGGGGACCACAACCCCCAGCACCACCACCACCACGGAGACAACAACCCCCAGCACGACAACCACCUCGGAGACCACAACCCCCAGCACGACCACCAGCACGGAGACCACAACCACUCCAUCAUCAAGUGUGUCGACCACCCUGACCCGCGGGUGCCUGGACUUCAACCCUCCCAGGAAGGAGAACGAGACCUGGUGGCUGUGUAACUGCACGAUGGCCGUCUGCAAGCACGACAGCACCGUGGAGCUGGUGGAGGUGGAGUGCGACCCCCCCCCGAUGCCCACCUGCUCCAACGGCCUCACGCCCGUGCGCGUCAAGGACCCGGACGGGUGCUGCUGGCACUGGGAGUGCGACUGCUACUGCACCGGCUGGGGGGACCCGCACUACGUCACCUUCGACGGGCUGUACUACAGCCACCAGGGUGCGUGCACGUACGUGCUGGUGGAGGAGGCCGUGCCCACCGUGGACGGCUUCGGGGUCUACGUCGACAACUACCACUGCGACCCCCGCGACCGGGUGUCCUGCCCCCGCACGCUCAUCGUGCGCCACGAGACGCAGGAGGUGCGGCUCGAGACCGUGCAGAUGGCGCCCAUGACGGUGCAGGUGCAGGUGAACAGGCAGGCCGUGGCGCUGCCCUACAAGAAGUACGGGCUGCAGGUGUACGAGUCGGGCAUCAACCUCGUGGUGGCCAUCCCCGAGCUGGGCGCCCUCGUCUCCUACAACGGCCUCGCCUUCUCCAUCCGGCUGCCCUACCGCCUGUUCGGGAACAACACAAAGGGCCAGUGUGGCACGUGCACCAACACCACCGUGGACGACUGCGUGCUGCCCAGCGGGGAGGUCGUCGACAACUGUGAGGUGGCGGCUGACCAGUGGGCGGUGAACGACCCCUCCAAGCCGCAAUGUCCCCACACCAGCUUCACCACCCAGCGCCCGGCCACCUCGUCGUCUGCGGGCAGCACUGCCGGGAGCAAGGCCUGCGCGUCUCCUCUCUGCGAGCUCAUCAAGGACAGCCUGUUCGCGCAGUGCCACGCCCUGGCGCCCCCGCAGCACUACUACGACGCUUGCGUGUUCGACAGCUGCUUGGUGCCCGACUCGGGCCUGGAGUGUGCCAGCGUGCAGACCUACGCCGCCCUGUGUGCCCAGGAGGGCAUCUGUGUCGACUGGCGGAACCACACCCGCGGGGCCUGCCCGGUGAAGUGCCCGGCUCAUCGGGAGUACCGGGCCUGUGGUCCCGCAGAAGAGCCCACCUGUCAGUCCAGCCCUUCCCAGGAGAACAGCACCCAGCUGGUGGAAGGCUGCUUCUGUCCCGAGGGCACGGUGAACUUCGCCCCCGGCUUCGACGUCUGCGUGGACUCGUGUGGCUGCGUGGGGCCCGACAACGUGCCCAGAGAGUUUGGGGAGCACUUCCAGUUCGACUGCAAGGACUGCAUCUGCCUGGAGGGGGGCAGCGGCAUCAGUUGUCAGCCCAGGGCGUGCAGCCAGGACCCCCGCCCCGAGUGCGGGGAGGACGGCACCUACCUGGUCACCGAGGUGGACCCCGCCGACCCCUGCUGCAGCAUCACCUCCUGCAAGUGCAACGCCAGCCUCUGCAGGGAGAAGCCCCUGCUGUGCCCGCUGGGAUUUGAAGUGAAGAGCGAGAUGGUCCCCGGGAGAUGCUGCCCCUUGCACUCGUGUGUGCCCAAGGGCGUGUGUGUCGUGGAGAACGCUGAGUACCAGCCCGGUUCUCCAGUCUAUUCCUCCAAGUGCCAGAACUGCGUGUGCACCACCAGCAGGGACAGCGCCACGCAGCUCAACACCAUCUCCUGCAGCCACGUGCCCUGCAACACCUCCUGCAACCCCGGCUUCGAGCUGGUGGACGUCCCCGGGGAGUGCUGCAAGAAGUGUCAGCAGACGCACUGCAUCAUCGAGCAGCCCAGCGACCAGCACCUCGUUCUGAAGCCCGGUGACAUGAAGAAUGACCCCCUGGACAACUGUACCCUCUUCAGCUGCGUGAAGUUACACAACCAGCUCAUCUCGUCCGUCUCCAAGAUCACCUGCCCCGACUUUGAUCCCAGCACCUGCCUCCCGGGCUCCAUCAGUCUCAUGUCCAAUGGCUGCUGUAGGAAGUGCAUCCCUCGCAAUGAGACUGGGGUCCCCUGCUCCAUGGUCUCCGUCAUCAGGGAGAUUUCCCACAACGGCUGCACCAAGUUGGUCAGCAUGAACGAUUGCUCCGGGUCCUGCGGGACCUUUGCCAUGUACUCAGCCCAGGCCCAGGCCCUGGACCACAGAUGCUCCUGCUGCAAGGAGCAGCGCACCAGCCAGCGGCAGGUGGCGCUGCAGUGCCCGGGCGGUGGCACCCUCAGCCACACCUACACCCACAUUGAGAGCUGUGGGUGCCAGGACACCACGUGCGAGCUCCUGUCCCCCCGGGACAGGGCCCGGCGCUCCAUCCCCAGGGUGCUGGCCCCAGGGAGGAGGUGA